CAAUCAUCGACGUCGAAUCUUGUUCGUGUUGUUUUUCUGCAACUUAGCUUAUUUUUUUGCAAAUAUGAAUGAAUCAAACCCUCUUUAAUAAUUCUAAUAUUGUUUAUGUUGAACGUGUGUUUAAUCGAUUUUUACAUUGUGUUUUAACACAAAACAUAUAUUUAUUUUUACUAAUUAUGGAAGCUUUCCGUUUUUUAUUGGAAAAAUGCAGACUGUGUCUUGAAGAAACUGGAGUUUUAAACAUAUUUAAAAGUGAGAAUAAAGAUUUGCCCGAGGAUAUUUAUCUAUGCACUGGAUUGGAGGUACAUCUUUCAGAUAACUUCCCUGAAAAGAUCUGUAAUCGAUGCCUAAAUAUAGUGCAAGACGUCAAAAGACUAAGAGAACGAGCCUUAAAAAAUAACAUACAUCUAAGAUCACUUUUUGUUAUUGAUGGUAUAGAUAAAAAUAAUGAUGUCACUGAACAUCAUGAAAAAGAGAAAGUCACAAUUAAAACUGAAAUAAAUGAGCAUGUUACUAGAGAGGACACUGAAAAUAAAAUGACCCCAUCAAAAAAUAUAUCUGUGAGAAAAGACUUAUUUGAAACUUCGCCUACAGUGAGCCCUACAAAAGCACCACCAACAACAAAUACUGAAGAUCAAUUAGAUGGUGUACAUUCAUGUAAAAGAAUUCGAUUAGAUGAUAAUACAGUGCUCUAUGAAUGCUGCGUAUGCUAUAAAACAUUUGACCGUUGGAAAAAGUUGUAUUUACACCAUCGUCACCACAGAAAGACUGAAGUUUGUCCACAAGAUGCAUGCGGUAAGAAGUUUUCAACAAAAGGUGAUCUAGAAAAACACAUACGCACACACACUGGAGAGAAGCCAUACAAAUGUAACGAAUGUGAUAGAAGUUUUUCACAAAGAGUGACACUGAAAUCACAUAGGGAAAGAGUACACUGUGUUCUGUUGGUAUAGUGUAUUCCCAAAACCCUUUUAAGAUUUGGAUGGUUACAUUUUAAACUUUUAGGAAAACGGAGACCAGUUCUAGAAUUCAAAAAAAAUGAGUGUUUGCUUUAAUAUGUUUCUUUUCAAAUGAAAUGUUUAAAGGCUUUCCAUUUACCUGUUUCUAUAUUUUAUUAUUGGUAAUAAGGUAUGCAGGUAUCAUUAUGAUUUUCAUAACAAUAAAAACAUAUAUGGGAAGGGAGUAUAAACUAUCUUUACAUAGUUUCAAAAAUUAUCUACAUAAAAAUGUAAUAAAUACUAUUGAUAAGUAUUAUUAACUAAUGAAGGCAGGUACCUAGUAUGCUUAUGUUGAUAAAUACCUAUGUUCGCGUAUAUUGCAGUUAUUAAGGCUAUCUAUUACAAAAUGGUUGGAAAGGAAUUGAAUUUAAAAUAAAACACCUUUAUUUGAAAACAUUUUGUAAUCUCAUUGGCGGGAGAUUGUGGUGUGGGGCUUUUGAUACAUGACGCGACUUGUAAUGCCAUUUUGCCCUUACUGACUUUGAUUACGGCUUGUUAAGUGAUUAUUGGUUACUUUAAAAAAAAUAAACAGAGACAAACACUACAGGAUUAGGAUGACAUGACAGCAAAUUGUGUAGUAGUUACAGAACUUUUAAUUUUUUACCACAGAAUGCCCGUUUACUAUGAUUAAUUGCUAAUAAUGUACAAAAAUAAUAGUGAAGGACAUUCGUUUGUGCAUGCUGGGGCAAAUUUCAUCGAUGUCCUGUCGAUCUAUUUAACAUGAAUAUUGAUAUGAAAUUGCAUAAUUAAAAAUGACGUGAGAAGUUUGUUAACUUGCUGUCUUGUCAAAAAACCUAUUUUACAAUGUGCAAUAACAACAUAGUAUAUGUUUAGGCAAUAGUGUAAGUGUAUUGGUUAUUUUCUCUAUAGUAGGUGCCUACCUUAAAAAAAUAGAUCUCAGAUUGUUAAACCGUCCUAUAAUAUCUUACACCUUAAAGAAAAUAAUACAUAUUUAUUUUUCUGACUUGCAUAAUAAUUAGUUAAGUAUUAAUAUGUUUGUUUUUCAUCUUUGGUAUUUAAAAAAAUGCUAGGUUUAUUUGUUUCUUAUGUUUUCAUGCUCACUAAUUAAUCAUGUAAUAAAUCACUUAUUGAACUGUGCUAUUGAUAGAGAAUCAAAAUUUUGCCUUUGACAUAGUUUACGGUAAAAAUUGAAGAAUAUGUAGUUUGAUAUUAAGACCUAUAAUCACAUAGUACAACGUUACACUUUUUCACAGCUAAUUUUCCACCAAACCAUCACUGAAGUCGGGUAAUAAUGUACUCUGCUGACUAAUUAGGAAACUUAUAUAGAGCUUCAAGCUUAAACUGUGCUAUUUUAUAAGCUUUUAACAUUAUUUUUAAUGUUUUAGUCGAUUAGCGACCACGCAGCCUGAGGACCAAACAUGUAUUUUGACAGCUCCGUAAUCGCAUCGCAUCGUUAAAGUUUCUAUGAAAACUAAGCAGCGCACCUAUCGGGCGAAAAAACAAACUAGCUUUUUCCAUACAAAAUUUGACGUUGACGAUGCGAUUACGGGGCUGUAAAAAUUCGUACUUGUGACUGUGUAAAGGCUCCGAAAUGUCAUAAUAAUAAUAAUAGAAUCCCGUUUUAUACCCAUUUAAAUAGUGUUUUAUAAAAUGUAUCUUUGUUAAUUUUGAAGCAGAUGUAUUUACAAAGAGUAACAUAGGUAAUAGGAACUUUUAUCAUUAAUUUGAUCACUGAUAUUGGUCGAAGCUACUACAUAUUCGAAAAUAAAUCUUUGAUUGAUAUUUUUUGUGGUUAUAACUCUGCAAUGCUAUGAUGAUUUUAACCUGAAAGAAUCCAAAAAAAUUGUGUUAAGUCAAAUGUUUUAUAAAAUUAUGUUUUAUCGUAUCUACAAAUCCAGAACUGUUAUUGGAACCAUAUGUCAAUAGCAUGAUAGAAUAUUCGAAUGUGCUUUGUCCCCAAAUAAAUGGAAUGACUGUUUCAUUAGGUACCACUAGGUAAUAAGUUACCCAAAACAUAGUGUCUUAGUCCCGCAAUUAAUAUAGAGUUCUAUUCGUGCUUAAAAUACCUUUUCUGUUUUAUAGUUUUAAAGAAAUGGCUAUGUCGAGACAUCCUACUAUUUUAUUUUGUUUUUUGUAGAAUCAGCCACGCAUCAAGUUUCCACAUUCUUUGUCAAUCGUAAUGACUCGUAAAAAUGGGAAGUAAAGUUCAAAUUCAAGUGGAUUUUUUUACUGAAUAAUUUGACCUGUGGCUGACUGUAGGUACCUACUUUGAUUUACCGAUUACCUGCACCCUUAGCACGAACCAUUAUCGAAUUCGAAUAGUUGAAUUCGAACUAAAUAUGCGUUAAAUGUGUACGUACAAACUUACUUAUUUAUAUCGUUACGUCAUUUGCUGCUGUUAAAAUUUCUAUACUAAAAUGUUGGCACUCGCAAACGUAACGAAUUCGAUAUUGGUUCGUGCCGAGGGUACUGUUUGUGUUAUGAUAUGAAGGCAUUUUGAGAACGAAACGCAAUUGUUUUUAUAAUUUACUUUUAUAAGUUAUUAAGCUUAGUUUGAAUCAAAAAGGGAAGAUGUGUCACUUGUGUCUCAAAAGUGCGCCGUUUAAAUUAGGUUUCUGUUUUAUAGUUUUAAGUUUUAAAAAUAUAUUCUUUUGUUUUUGUUUUAUGUAGGCACAAUCAGCCACGCAUCAAGUUUCCAAAUAUGCCUAACUUUCUCAAUCGAUUUUAUGAAUCGUAAAUCAAGAGCGAUAAAGUACAAAAUCAGUUAAAAAAAUACAGUUUUGAUAAUGUGACCUGUGGUUGUCUGUACCUACUUUUAUUUAACGGUCACCAGUUUGUGCAAUGUCAUAAAAGUAUUUUGAAAAAGCAAAGCAAUUGUUUUAUAAUUUUUCUUUUAUAAAGUAUUAAGUUUAAGAGCCCUUUCACUUAUUUUGCAAAAGUCGUAUUUUUGAGCGUCUCGUUUACCCCUUUAGAAAAGAUUUUGACUAUUUCCAAAAUAAGUAAACAGCAGAUUUAUUCUUCCUAUUGUAAGUUAAUGUAGAAUGUUUGCAAAUACUAUUUUCCUUUUUUUGUACUGAUCGUUCUACUGCAGCUAGUUUACGGAAAAAACGAUAAUAUGCACAACUUCAAACGCCUCAAUCUCUUAAUAAUGUUCAAUAAAUUAGAUCAAAUUAAUUACUACGACAUCAGAAAUAUGUUUUUGUUGUAACAUAAUGUAUUUGAAUUUUGAUUUUCCAUCUCAUUAAUUAUCAAAAAAACAUCUAGCCUCUGUGAGUUUUCUCCAAAAAAUAAUGCAGGUUUAACUCGUAUUUUGAUAUUGAAUUAAAUAGAAUUACUAUCAAAAACUUUCAUAAAACUAAUCCAUCCAUCAUUGAACUACAUUAUUGAAUAUUUAUAUAUUUUUAUAAUUCGAUAAUUAAUAAUUAUCUUAUGAGACUCGAAACAUCAUCCGUAAAAUGUAAUAUAUACUAGUGCAAAUCUACCUACGCGCCAAUCAGUAUGGCAGCGGCGCAAUUUUGUAAAAGGGCUCAUAAUAUAAUAAUAAACUUGAGGUUUAACCUCUGAAAAGUCUUCUCUUCUCGCACUAGUAGGUACUAUGUAUAUUUAUUUAAUAGUCCAUAUUCAUUCAAUACAAUAGCACUAAAUAUAAAAUUAGUUUAUUUUGUUGUGAUAUUAAUUAACGAAUAAUUGAUAUGACGUAAAUAUAGUAAUAAUAACAGAGAUCCAAACACGAACUUUGACAGAUCCGUAAUCGUCUUGUCAUCUUAAAAUUUUGUAUGGAAGGAGGAUUGUAUUUUUUAUUUAUUUAUUUAUUUAUUAAGGACAGCCAACAAAACAAUCACCAAAUAACAAUACAAACUGAGAAAGAAAAAAAGAAAACAAUUCUUACUGCUGCCUUACUUAAAGGCUGCCACAGCAUGCGUAAAUAUUUACUUACGAAGGAGACUUACGAUAAACAAAAUAAAGGAACCUAGUACAAACACUUCAAAACCACUAAACUUAAUAUUAGGUACAUAAGGUACAUAUUCGUAUCCAUUCUGACAUCAUUCUCCAGACCCAAAAACAGAUCCAACACCAGUCACGCACUUGCACUCUGUACAGACAAUGACAAGGAUACAGUGCCGUCAUAUCUAAGUCUAGGCCUAGAGAACCCUGCCAGAAUUGACCCCGUUGUGGUCCACCAUUUUUAAUAGAAACUGACGAUGCGAUACCUUUACGGAGAUUUGAUACUAAGUUCGUGAUUGGGUCUCUGUUAGUGAUUUCUAAAGAUCUCAUUUUAUUAGCAAAUAUUAUUUAACUUAUCAUUUUUUUAAAAAAAUAAGCAUGUUCCUGCUUGACGUUUAAAUCUAAAGAAAAUAUAACUAGAAAAAAAAACCACGCGGACCAGGCAGCAGACGGGACUCGAACCCGCACCCUUCUUUAUCCGGGCGAAUCAUCAAGCAGUAACAUGCUUUAAAAAUAUAUAUAAAUAAUUGCUAUUUCUUCUUUCAAAUGUUUAAUACUUGUAAAAGUAUUCAUUUGACAUUGUGGGUUACCUACAAUGCGAAGAAAUGGCGCUGCCUUGUAACUUUAUCAUGUUAAAACUUAGGUUAGGUUUCUUAAUUUCGGAUGAAAGUUCUCAAAUUUGUCGAAUCGGAAGUUGCCUGUUUUUUUUUCAAUAGCAUAUAGUUUUGGGGUUGGUAACUGAUUUUAGUUAGCAUUAUCGUUCAUUUAUACUUAAUGUAUCCUAUUUAUAAGCAAACGUAAAUAAUCUUUUAAUGUCAAACUACCAUUUUUAUUAGUUUAUUUAUUCAUAGCACAACAUCCAAUAAACUGUUAGUAGGCAUUGGAAGUAUUUUAAUUUAUCCAUAUGACACACAUGCCUUAAUGUCGUAUAUCUCCCCUAGCAACGCCCAUGACACGUAGUACAGUAAAUCUGUCGAAAAAAAUAUUGUUUCAGUGAAAAAAAAACCUAAAGGGUAAGUCUUGUUUUUUCUGUUGCCAAAUGACGUCAGUAAGCCACCUUGGCGAUGGGCAUGUUCAACUCGUAGGCGUUUUUUGAAAAACUCAAAAAAACCGUCAAAAUUUUUUUGAAACGCAUUUUUCUUGUUUUGUAUGCAUUUUAGAAACUUUUUUUUUUACCAUAAUUGUAGAGGGCGUUGAGUACUACAAUUUAUGUCAUUGUUACAAUCUCGUACAACAAAAAAUGCGCAUUGUAGGUGGCGCUAAAGUUUCAAAAAAAGGGUUUUUUCACUUUUUCACCCUGAGAAUAUAAUUUUAAUGGAAAACUUUAAAUGGCAAAGUUGUUUCGUACAUAAUUACCAACAACUUUUGUAUAAACCAUUUUUUUGUAUUACUUACCGUUUUCAAGUUAUAAAUUGCGCAGGUAUGAAAAAUCCAAUAGAGCGGUUUUGGGCAGUUCAAGUUUGCAUUUGCAGUGCACAUUUCAAUGUACGUUUUUACUAUUUUUUUUCAAUCUUGAAAAAAAAUAAAAAUAAAACAAUUAUUUUUAUUUUUUUU